AGCGGAGUCGUCGCUUCGAUCCGUAUCUGUCGCAGUACGCCACGAGCCUCGUACAUACGCGCAAGAAAAGUUAGUGGACAAAUUUUUCGGCCGAAAUGGCUGUGUCCAGGACGACUUGCGUCGUCUCCACCCUCGUUACCUGCCUGUUGGUCGGUGCAGGUGCAGGUCUAGCCGUUUGGUUAUUGAAGCCAAGCAAAAACGAAUCUGGAAAUACCACCGAGAGCAGCGUCACUACAACGGAACCUACCAGACCUUCAUGGCCAGUGGAAUUCGACGCAGGACUCAUUGUCAGAACAAUUAAUGAUGUCCAGGCCCACAGUUUCGGUUCAGAAAACUCGAUACAGCUGUUGUCCAAGUCCGUGGCCUACGUUGACUUCUACAAGAAUAAGACACUGUACUACGCAGCUUUCGGUGGUAAUGAACCCAUACGCGCCACUUCGGGAGGAUACCCUAGUCUUAAGUAUCCCGGAGAGUUUUGGUACGUGACUGCCUUGGCAGUUGAUUUCAUUACCGAGAAGCUAUACGUGUACGACGCUCAAGCGAGCAAGAUCGAACUGUACGACCUGCAGGGAAAGUACAUGUGUAUAGUUCUUUCGGAGCUCUAUUACGUCAAGGACAUCUUACUUGACUUUCGGAAAGGACGCCUAUUUAUUUUGCAGUCUUCCAAGAUUCUUAGUGCUGGCAUGGAUGGCGUUGAUCUGAGAGAAAUAGUACAAGACACCAAUAUCGAAGCAUUUGCACUAGACUUCCAUCACACGUUGUUGUACUACUCCAAGAGCAACGUGAUCAUGGCGCACGAUUACUUAUCAACGCACAAAACUUACGAAGUUGCAAAAAUCGACGCAGCCUCAUCCGUGUUCGGUUUGGCAGUUACGAGAUCAAGUCUGUACCACUUAAGUAGGAACAAAGAGAAGUCAGUUAUCGAGCUCAAUUCCUGCGAACUGGGUAGUCCAACACCGACGGGCAAGUGCUUGAAUCCGCGAAAUUGGAACCUUCCUCAAGACUCGCGCCAGCUCAAAGCCUUCGACAUGUUUGAUCUCCAGUUGAACAAUCCUUGCCAACAAAUGAACGGUGGCUGCGAACAGCUUUGUGUCAGAUCCGAUCCAUUCAGCACCGACAAAGCCAUCAGCUGCCAGUGCCAGAUAGGCUGGCAGUUGAACUCGGACAAGAAAACCUGCUCGCCCGUCGAGGUAUACCUUAUGUACGUGAGAGGCUACUAUCUGAAAGGUCGUAUUCUCGACUUGGACAAGAAGUCGUUCAUCGACGUCAUCGAGCCAAUGCGACUGAUGCUGAACUCUUUGCAUCCAGUCCCCUUUGAUUUCAACGCGCGCAAAGGCUACGCUGUUUACGCUGACGUUUCGGAUCUAUGGCGAUUGAAUCUCCGACUCGCGGAUGGUGAGCAACGAUUGAAUCUAUUGGAGGAAAAUUUUAAAUUCCAUAUGCUUUAUCCGACCAUCGACUGGCUGAACGAUCAACUUUAUUAUUUGAGAAGACGCGUCAAUGGUGACAGUCCGAGCUACCUGAUGGUUCGACGUACCGAUUAUUCCCAAGAUUUCAAAGGUCAGAAGGUCAUCUACGAGAUCCCGGAAAAUCGGCAACCUCGAGCUAUGGCUCUUAGCUUGAACCUAGGUCUCAUCUACUUUACUGUAUUCGAGGCGAGCAACGACGCUGCGAUUUACAGAAUCAACACGGAUGGUACGGGACUCAUCCCAUUCGUGGUUGAAGAAAAUGGUUUCAGCGUCAGCGAGUUUGGUUUGGCAUUCGAUAGUGAGGCGAGAAACCUCUACUGGUUCAACGCAGAUAGAACUCAGGUGCAAUUCGCGACGUGGUCUGCUACGCUAUUGAGAAUCAUCGAUAUCUCUCGAUUAAAGAAUCCUCUGACCAUCAGCAUUUAUCGGGAAUGGAUGUACAUCAGCUCCGUGAAUUCCGUCUGGCGGUUCCACAAGGAGACAGGCGAAUACGCGCAGAAUGUCUUCGAUCAGGCGGGUGAAGAAUCUGAAAGAGAUUACUCGAUGAUAAAGCCAUUCGGUGAGAGCGUGCAACCCAUCGACUACAAUCAUCCGUGCGCUAGCAAGAAAGGAGGCUGUCAGGGAUACUGCUUUGGGGUGCCUACUGGGGAGAAGGGAAAGCUUCAGAGAGUUUGCGGCUGUGACGAGAACCAGGAGCUGCAUGAAGACAAAACGAGCUGCAAAAAUAAGAAGAGUGUGUGAAUUGAUUUCUAGUCCUAGUGUAAAAAACAUUUGUAACUGUAAAAUAAACAUAGAUAUCAUUUUUAAA